GGAUCGUUCGUUCACAUGAACUUUGAUCAUACACAUUAACCUUUUUUUUUUGCUCCGAUUAAGAUAAAAGAUACGGCAGGUUGUUGACUUUUUUAAUCAGCGAUCAAAGAUUGGUGUAGUAUUCAUCACCAUUCACUUCCAAGUGACGGAGUUCUCUUUACAAAACGUACUGGUAUCUAUAAUUCAGCAGUAUAUAUAAAUAUAUGUUAAUUGAAUUGACAUAUUUAUUUAGUGCAUAUUUCUCGAGUAUAAUGAAUAAACAGUUGGUCACUUGCCUAUUUGUAUUAUACUCACUUUAUACUUCCACCAAUUCAUUGGCUGCUAUUAUCGUUGAACAACAGGAUAAUGGUCAAUGGAAAAACAUGACAUGGGGAUGUGGAGUUUGUCUAUCUGGACUUAGUUUCAUUCAUUAUUUAUUGACUGAUCCAUAUUGGCGUGAUGUAUAUACACUGACAGCCGAAAAUAUAUGCGAUCUUAUUCCAUCUGGAAGAACAAAAGAUGCUUGUUCAAUCUAUAUCACAAAGUAUUUACAGAGUAUUAUGGAUUCAAUUGGAGCAGCUUGUAAACCAGAUGAAAUUUGUAAGAACUUCCAGGUAUGCAAUUCCAGUGAGGUUGAAGAAUAUACAAUUAAAACAGAAAAUCUUGACAGCUGUAAGAAAUGCAAGAGUCUAAGUAAGCAAAUCUAUCAAAUGAUGAAGAAGACUUCAUUUACUGAAAGAAUGAAAAGACCAAUUCAAUCUGGUUGUAGUCUAUUUAUAAGACAAGAACAACAUGUAAGUUUUCACUUCAAUCAACAGGAGAUUCUCACAUGUUUUGUUUAGCCUAGUCAUCAGUCUGUCAUUACUAUGUGUCUUAAUUGACUUCCGAUUACUUACAGUACAGGAAAACAUCUCUGAGAAUUCUUGACAUUUUCUACUCAAUUUAAAUGUUAUAUGUGCUACAUAAAUGGAGUGACUAAAAACGCCACCCUAACCUUAACUACUGAAUUAAUCAUUUAAAGUUGUGUAUUUAUGAAAAAAAAUCUACCUUACCAUUAAAAUAAAGAAACUUGAAUGGUUAUUUCGGUUGUUGCUGGGAUAGCUUUGAAGGUGGUUGAAUAAGUGAUAGGCGAUAACCUGAAUAUUAGUUGUGUAUAAGGCAUGGAAUACUGAAUGGAUGUGGUCGUUAACCUCCUUAAGUAAACCAGUUUGAAAUUCUCCUGUUUUAACACUUUAAUUAUACUGAACAUUUAAGAUAUCGAGAUUAUAUUCAGAGAUAGUUGAAUAAAUGUACACCUAAUUCAUAUUCACCUUGAUGAAUAGGUAGGUGUAUCACUUCACUGGUUCACAAUGGAAUUAGAAGAUAUGCGAUGCAUACAAACUACGUGUUGGUUAACACAUCCACAUUCUGAAACAAUAAACAAGUUCUACACUGUAUUAUCUUGAGUCUUCAGGGUGUUCAAUUUAGCAAAAAGAAAUGCAACAUCGAAUAGAGUGUAUUUAUGACUUACGAGUUUUAUGUAAUAUAUGUCAGUGGUAAAAGUCAAAGUAAAAUGGAAGACUGUAACUACCAACAGGUAAGAGAGGAACAGAUUCUUGUUUCUCUACUUUCUGUUCAGUUCAUAUCAAGAAAAGUAGAAUAGAAGAGAAUGGAAUGGAAGUAAGCCAGCUGUCACACACGAAUAACACAUAUCAUCUAUCCAAUCGAGGUAUAUUUUCCAUAAGCAUUAGGCUUGAUAAAGUCAUGGAAUAUUCAUCAACAACUUCAUUAGCUGCAUAUAGUAAAGAAGUCGGUCUCUUGUCAAUGAAAAAUCUGUUAAUUACUCGAUGUACAUUUUCUCAGUUGUAUUGAAUCCAACCAAUAUAAAACUAUACGAUUUUGUGCAAUGCCUAAUGAUGUUAGGUGUUUACUGAAAUGUAAGCCAAAAUGUUGUACUAUGCAGUCAGCAAUAUGAUAAGGAGAGAAGAAUAUUUUCAGCUAUUGAAAACUCUAUCAAAGUUGUACGGGAGUUGUUUAAUGGUUACUACUCUACGUAUGUAGAUUAGCCAGUAAAUAAAUAAAAAAAGGAGUCAUGAAUUUAGAUCAGAAUGCCUUUACAAUCUAAUUAUGUACAACCUUAUGAUCAAAUGCAUCUCGAAUAGUUUGUGCACCGUUUUUGCAUUGCAUUAGCUAUGUCAGUUCUGUGUGUCACUAUAGAUGAGGAAAAUUCGAUCAAUUUAAGUGAGCAUUUCAUUUCUCUAAAUAAGAUCAACCCACCCUAAAUUUCAUACAUCUAUCUGGACUUAGUUUCUACACCUUUAUUAUGUAUUGAUUGGUCACGGGUGUGCAACCAAUUCCAUGUUGUCUAGCUAGGAAGCUGAGCACUGCGGUGCACAUUACUAGAUGUUAGUUGGAAAUAUGAUCGAUAGGAUUCGGUCUGCACUCAGGACUAGACAACAUGAAAUUGAUUGCACACUCGGGACUAAUCAAUACAUGUAAGCCAGUCCUACAGGAGGUCAACUGCGGCCCUAAUAGCUCAGUGGUAAAGUCGCUGGGUGACGUGAGUCGGAAUCUCUGGUGGGACAUCAGUUCUGUCGAGGUUGCAGAUACACCUUGCUGACAAGUGCCAAAAAUCACGAGACCUAGGUCGAACAGAGCCUCCUGCCGAUCGCCUCCAACCAAUUAACACCUUUGUUAUGUUAUAUACCCGAUGGAGGUAGAUAAAUACAUUAACAGUAGACUGAAGACGGUGUCAACCAUAGUUUGCAUUAAAACUCAACAAUCAACUGAACAAUUUGCUCAUCAUUUAAAUCUUCUUCUCACUUUGCUAAAUGUAUCUUUAGAGAUAGAAAUUUUCUUCUAAUUCAUACUGGAAACACUAUUUUAAGUAUUAAUGUUGUGUUAUGUAAACUAAUAUUAAUAUACUUUACACAUUUUCUUUAUUUAGUGUACAGAUUAUACGGUAGAUCUGUUAAACCAUAUGAACAAAGCUCUUCAUAAGCAUUUGGACAACAUAUGCAGAGUAAAAAUUUGUUUAUCUUUAUUUAUUUCACUCACAUUUACAUAGUAGUAUUGAACAGUAUGUAUUUUUACUAAGUAUAACCUUCAUUGAUAUGCUUAUUUGAUUCAGUGACCUGGUUGUAAGUAGGUAAAUUGUUCAAAGUCCCUCCUAUACAUAUACAUACGAACAGUGCUAAUUGGUAUCAAAUGAAACAAUGAAUUGUUAUCCAUUGGAGUAUAAGUAACUGUAAACUGAGCACUACAUUCAUUAGAUAGAUAGGACAUCAUAAAAUCAUAGGAAAUCUCACUUUCAUCUUUUACAGUGAAUAGAACUGCAUCAAAGUGAGUAGUUCUAUGACAGUGUUCACUCUUCAAUUGAAAUGUAUCCAGGGUGACAACAAUCCUGAAGUUUUAUGUUAUACGUAAAGACUUGGAGGUCAUAUGUUACCAAAUUAUCUUGUUUUCAUGAAAGCUGUUGUCAUUUAAAUUCAUUUGUAAAGUUGUUGACAAAUUGAUAUUCUACUCAUAUAAUAAUACUUUGAUAACACAAUGAAAGAGUUCUGAAGCAUAUCAACCGUCUACGUAUAUCAAGUAAAUUGAAGAGAAAUGAAGAUUAUGAGAAUUGUCUGAUAGUGUUUAUUUAGGCAUCAUAUUAAUCAUUCUUGAGAAAAUUGCUUGUUCAAAAACACCAACCUCCUAUAGAUCAUAACUGGUGGAUUAAUUUAGACUUCGAGAUAUGUUGGGUCAUUUUGAAAAUGAGUCUUUUCACAUCAUAGAAUAAAUGAUUGAGAUGCAGCAUCGAAAGCGGUUUUAACUUGAACCUUUAAGCCUUACACCAUGUUUUAACACAACACUCCAUUCAAGUGGAUUGACAUGAUUUCGGUCGGAUGGAUAAUGAAAAAUUAUGAGAUAAUUUGUACAUUUGAACUUUUACAAGCUAUUAAAAUAUGUCUAAUACAUAAAUACCCCAAGGGUAUAUUAAAAAAAUGUGAGUUAUUUGGUCAGUAUGUAUUUUCAGACAUAUUGUUGGUUAAUGAGAAGUAUAGAUCUAAGACAGAACGACGAAGUAGAGCUCCGAGUUUAAAUGUUGAUCUGACUAAGCCACUGCUAUACGUGAUUGAUGAAUUCUCAUUUAUUUCAAUCCGUUUCACUUGGCUUUUGUACAGGAUUUUGAAACGACAUGUUCAGAGUUGACUAGAUGCUUCGAGAUGAAACUAUUGUUUGAAUUGUUUUCUCUUUUAAGCAGAAGAGAUACUGAACAGUUGUCUUUUAAAGGCGGUCAUAAAAGAACUCUAUCCUGAAGAGCUGCAAAUGGUCUUUGCCAGCUGAUAGAUGAUUCAAGGAGGUGUGAUGAACAAACUGUCACUUUUAGCCACAUCGUUUGUAACGAAUCUCCGAGUAGUAUACUGACUGGCUGUUCCUAGGAGAACACAAUUCAAGCAACAAUUUCAUGUUGAACUAGCUUGUCAACUCUGGACAUGUCAUUUCCACAUGGUCUUAUUUCAAUAUCCUAUACAAACAUAGAGUGAAAUGGAUUGAAAUAAGUGUGGAUUCGUCAAUCAUGCAUAGCAAAGGCUUAGGCAAAUCAACAUGGUAACUCGGAGCUCUACUUGGUCAUAAUCUCACCUCAGAUUUCUUUAUCACUUCAACAUUCAUCUCAUUCUUAUUCACUGAUUAUUCUUAUAAGUUUUACUUUAUGCUUUACUUUCCUAAGUCUUAAAAUUUCACUUCCCACGUUUUGAUUUAGAUUGUCAUGAUACUUUCCUCAGAUUAUUGUUCAUAAUAAUAAUAAUAAUAAUAAUCAUUUCUUAACCUAUUGGUUGUCAUUACUAUGGUCUACUGGAUAUUUUCCUUGUGAUCUCUACAAUGAUAAAAUCUCUUUUUUAAACCCUUGAAAUCACUUACUACUCCAAUUUCACAGUGGAACAUUCUGUUUCGAUGACUAAACGUUGAUGCAUCGGCCAAUGACAGACUAGUUUGUUUGUUUAGUAAUAAUAAUAAUAACCAAAUUCGGACUGUACAGCUAAUGAAAGUUAUUUGUCGAAAUGAUAUAUGAGACAUUCUACUACUAACCUGCUCAUUUUUCAUUGCAUUCUCUUUAAUUAGAGAUGUCAUGUUGAUCGAAGUGAACGUCUCUAUGAGUUCAAGGUGAAUCGUUGAAUAAAUUCACAUGUUAUCAUGACAUAUAUUACUACUUGUUGACUUCAGACUUUGUACAAUAUUCAUUUACAUCAUUGUUAAUUGUUUUAGCUCCACAUUCGUCCACUUUAACUUAUGAAACUGUGAGUAUUUAAGCUGAUAAAUAUAUUCAGUAAGACAUAAUACCAUUAGAGAAAUAGUAGAAUAUUCUAAUUUCAAUGGUUGGUAAGGCCUAUUUUAUCUCUUCAAACUGUACUGAUAUAUGUGUAAAGAAAUACACCAGAUGUUGAACUGAUAAUAAAUCUUUCAGUAUUUAGGUUACAUAAAUGGAAAUGAAUACCCGACUAAAUAUACUUACUGCACAUGUACAUGAGAUUACUGUCACUGAGUCGAGUCAGACUAAAAGAUGUUGACAUCUCAACUUCACAAGUCUGCUGUAAACUUGAUUCAAUAGACUGAAUAUAUUCCAGUUAUAGAAGUGUCGUAUGAAGUUCUUCAAUGACCACUAUUCACAUUGGAUACAUAUGACCACAGUAAACUAAGUAUUUACGGGCAAAAUGUGACUUGAUUAGCAUAAAUUUUUUCUAUUAUCUUGUACUUUUCAUUUUGGUAUACCAGUGGCCUAUGUCUAUGUGCAAUCAGGUAUAGAACACUUCAUACGCCACUUUUCUUUAAAAUAUACCACAUUGCUAUUAUUUGCCUGAAAUGAAAAGAACAGGGAUUUGGCAUAGUUCAUCAAUAAGAUGAGGUUAAGUUUAUUCUUGAACAAAAGAGUUUAUUUCAUCAUCAAAUAUUUCCAAUAGUGCCUUUGAUUACCUUAAGAAUAUGUCGAUCAGGAAAGUAUUUUUGUUUAUAAAUACGAGAUAAGUGAAGUAUACCUGAAAAGUUGAGUGCAAGAGUUAGACAGACAUUUUGAAGCUAACUAAGUCCACGUAUGGUAAAGUGAAUUUACACACUUUAAAAGAUACGUAGCAUUUUCAUUAGCAGAAAGAGACGUCGGUGAUUCUGAAACUAAGUGAUACUGAGGCCAAUGUAACCGAUGAUUAGUGAAUUGUUUCACGUUGAUCUUUAGUGGUCUACUAAAAACAGACUGUGUAAUAUUGUGUAGAGCUUUAUAAAAUGUCAGUAGAGUGAGUGUUAUACCUCUGAUUAACACUUUAGUUGAAGGAAAUUUAGAUUAUUGCAAGCGACGAAUGAGAGUAAUUUUAAGUGAUACUGAGCAUCCACUUCAUUCACAGCUGUCAUCUUGCAAAUCCUUAGGGAAGACAAGAAGAAACUACAUAAGACUGAACACCCUUACAAUUAAGUAGAAGAAUUCAACUUGAUCUUGUCUACCACGUAUAAUGUGUGAGGAGAAAAGGUGUCAGAAAAGGAUUUACAUAUCAACAUCAAAACCAUCGUUUUAAACGCCAAGGCGUUAUCCACUAUGUCACAGAGGGUCGAUAGCCACUCCUUGUGCAGCCGGUAGUAAAGUAGCUAUUGCUGUUUAUUGAUAUACUUGUAAUUACUCAUUGUUUCAUUGAAUCGAAUUGUUAAACCUCUAUUAGCAUAUUCGCUCCUAUGCGGAUGUCUCAAUAUUGUGAAGAUUAUUAUUUUGAUUAUAACUAAUGUGCUUGUGGAUUUCUACAUUUGGCCAUUCUUCUUAAGUAUAUGUGGAGGUCAUCUCGUUGGAAGUGUAAAUUACACGUGUAUUCACUACACAAUCAUGGAGUGUGUACAAUGAAUAUAUCAAGAUGAGCGGUGAAACACACAGAGUUGUGCUGUGGCCAAUUAUAUAUAAAACGUGAACUUAAUGAAAGUCGUCUAAUAACCAAACAGUAUGGUUUAGGACUCAAUCGCUCACAACAAUCUUCAACUACUUGACUUCACAUUGUACACAACAUAUUUACAGGAGAUAUUGAUUUAUUUGUUGUACACACGGUCUAUCAUUGAUUUCCUAUAGACUCUAUGAAGUGAUUUCCAUUUUGUUUAUUUUCAGCGUAUUAUCAGUAAGAAAGAAGAAUGGGAUAUUGAAAAACUUUGAUUCAAUGUUCUCAAAUAUGUUUUUGAUGUUGUCAGUGAGAAAUAAAGAGUUAAAAUUAUUGAUUCUA